AUGCCGUCACAUUGGCAGCCUCCAGCCGCUACUUGUGUCAAGAUCAACAUUGAUGCCGCUGCACCGAGGAAUGCCAGAUAUGGGGCGGUCGGGGCUAUAUGCAAAAGUUCAGAAGGAACGUUCAUGGGAGCGUCGGUGCUGGUGGUGAGGCACGUUACCGAUCCACAGAUCCUUGAAGCCAUCGCAAUUAGGGAAGGAUUAGCGCUAGCCGACGAUCUCUACCAGAGGCGAGUUCAUGUUGCUUCGGACUGCAAGAAUGUGGUGAAUGAUCUGAAGAAGGAGAAUGCAUCAUCAUAUGGAGCGAUUGCACAUGAAAUUAUAAACCACUCUUUAGCUUUUGAUUUUUGUAAGUUCAGUCAUGAGUUUAGGAGCUCAAAUUUUGAAGCUCACAACCUAGCGAAGCACGCUCUGUCGCUCGGGAUUGGCCGCCGUGUGUGGUUGGGUCAACCUGGGGAUCUUACUUUCGUCCCUGUAAACAUUGUGACGACUUAA